UCUCCUCUUGUUCUAACACCUCUCUUGGCCUUAACAUCCUGUUAAUCCCGAAGAGGAGGUGGGGCUCCCAAGGAAGCAGUAGUGAAAUAGCGCUAGCCGUCAGCAUGUGACUACGGAUUCCUGGACAUUAAAGGGUCAACGGCGGAGCGUGGGCUGAGAGUCCCUGGAGACAACCUGUGUGCUUGGGUAGAGCACAAUCCAGUGGUGAGAGAGAAGGAAGCAAACGUGCUGGGUCUUCUCUUUCUGAGAGUGUUUCUUGUGUCCCUCCACUCCUUUCCUCCAGAACCGGCCCAAGACCCAACACAGACAGCAGGACAGCCCUCCGCUGCCCAGGGAGUGUCUUCUCUCCUCAGAGCACAGAGUCCCGGACCUCUCCAGGACAACACUCAAGACAGAGAGGCUCCAGGGGCCACGACAAUGCCUGUCCUUUCCUCCCUACACUGCCCAACUCUGCCAUCCCUGCUGCUGACUCUGCUUCUGGGAUUCACAGGAACUGCAGGUGAAGAGUUCCAGGUGAACCAGCCUGAGGGUUCAGUGUCAGUCAGAGCUGGAGACAUCGUUACACUGGCCUGCAACAUGUCUGCUCACUCCCCAGCAGGGCCUGUCUUGUGGUUCAGGAAGAAUGGGCCAGAACAACAAUUAAUCUACAGUUUCAAUGGCAGCCACUUUCCCCGAGUAAACCAAGUGGAAAACACAGAGGUCAAUCAAACAGACUAUUCCAUCCGCAUCAGUGAUGUGUCACCCAAGGACACGGGCACCUAUUACUGUGUGAAGUUAACAAUAGGGCAUCCUGACAUGGCGUACGUAUCUGGUUCAGGCACCUACGUGUCUGUGAAUGGAGCCUCACAUGAGCUAUUCCAGGUGCAACAAGCUGAGAUGACACAGACUGUAUCGACCGGAGACACAGUCACCUUGAGUUGCAGGGUACCAGAUUCGUUCCCCAAAGGACCUGUCUUAUGGUUCAAGGGAACUGGGCCACACCGGGAAUUAAUCUACAAUUUCAAAGGAGGCAUCUUUCCCAGAGUAAAAGAAAUCGGACGCACCACCAAAGCUGGCAACACAGACUUUUCCAUCCACAUCCGUGAAAUCUCUCUUGCAGACGCCGGCACCUACUACUGCGUGAAGUUCAAGGAGGGGCAACCUGACCUGGAGUUCCAGUCAGGUCCAGGCACUGAGGUGUUUGUGACUAGAACAAGCAGUCAUAUUGCCCCAGGUGCUCCUGAGAGACAUCUUAUGACCAUGAGGGGAACCAAGUUGAGGAAAAAUCUGCUCUAGAGAAGUGCAAAGAUACAAAGAAUGUGGGUUGACGACAUUGCACCGCCAUAUUGUUCCUGGUUCCAACCGCACUUCUGGACCUCCAGUUAUGGGAGAGAAAACAUCUCCUUGUUAAGCCAGUUUGCUGAAAGUUACCACUGUCCUAAGGGAUGCCAGGUGGUAAAGUUCCCACAUCCACGGAGCACUAAAGUACGAUUUCAAAUCA